UUAUGUUGCACCGGGUGUAACCAACGAGCCAACGCUAGGCUAGUUAGAUGUAGCUAGCUGUAGAUUAUUAACGGCGUACGCAGCUGUAGAAUGAACACUAUACACACUAGCAUUGAGGGACACUCAUGAAACCCGUCGGUGUCACUUUAUUUUACAACCAACGCGCUCGUGUCGUCGACGUCUUCGGUUUACUUGCUUUCACCAUAAGCUGUCCUGUGUUGGUCAGCUAGCUAGCCUUCCCAGCCAGCUAGCUAGGUGCAGUAGCGUAUGGGUGUCAAAGUUAGCUGUGACUUCACCGGGUGUCUGCUUCCCUCAGCUCACAUUUGGGACACGUCAAGGUAAACAUUUGUCCCGUCGGCCAGCUUGAAAGCGAGCUCGUGGAUUAACGAGCGGUUCCUAAAAUCUGUCUCUUGAUUUUGGGGGCUGUGAUGUCGGAGCCCAAGACCCCCACUCCCCCUCCUGCUGGCGACACAUACAAAGGAUGGGUGUUCAAGUGGACAAAUUACAUCAAGGGUUAUCAGCGGAGAUGGUUUGUCCUGAGCAAUGGCCUUUUGUCAUACUACAGGACCCAAGCAGAGAUGGGCCACACGUGUCGAGGUACAAUCAACCUGGCCACAGCAACUAUCACUGUGGAUGACGCCUGCAACUUUGUCAUCUCCAACGGUGGAGCACAGACCUACCACCUGAAGGCCAGCUGUGAAGUAGAACGUCAGCGCUGGAUCACUGCCCUGGAACUGGCCAAAGCCAAGGCAGCACGCAUGCAGGCUGAGUCAGAUGACUCGGGGGACGACUUUUCCCCGUCUUCCCCGCCGGCAGCACCCGGACAAGGUGGCGUAUCGCAGAAUUCAGAAGUUCAGUCUGCUCUCAGAACACUAGGCAGCAAGGUGGAGGAUCUCAGCACCUGCAACGAUCUAAUUUCAAAGCAUGGCUCUGCCCUCCAGAGGUCUUUAUCAGAACUGGACAGUUUGCGAAUGACUGGAGAGGCUGGGGAUAAGAUCCGCCAGGUGACAGAGAGGGCCACGCUGUUCCGCAUCACCUCCAAUGCCAUGAUUAAUGCGUGCCGAGACUUUCUUGCGCUCGCUCAGGCUCAUAGCAAGCGGUGGCAGAAAGCCCUUCAAGCAGAGCGGGACCAGCGGGUCAGACUGGAGGAGACUUUAGAGCAACUGGCCAAGCAGCACAACCACCUGGAGAGAGCGUUCAGAGGGGCUGCACAGGCUAAUGCUACUGCAGACAAUACAAGUGCUGCUGGUCCGGGAAAAGGUGAGGCCAGUGACGACGAUGACGACGACAAUGAGUUCUUUGAUGCAAUGGAGGAAGCACCUGAGUUCAUCACUGUGCCGGCAGACCCCCAGUUUCACAAAAGGUCAAGCAGUAAUAUCAGCGGUUUCAACAGUGACAUGUGUCCUGAUGAUCAAUCGCUUAAUGAGGAGCCUUUAGCGAUGAACCAGGAAUCUCCCUCACAGGAGUUGGUUCCACUGAAGAAAAGACGGACAUGCAUUUCAGACAAACCCAACUACUCUCUCAACCUGUGGAGUAUCAUGAAAAACUGUAUUGGCAAAGAGCUGUCCAAGAUCCCGAUGCCCGUGAACUUCAACGAGCCCAUUUCCAUGCUGCAGCGGUUGUCUGAGGACCUCGAGUACCACGAGCUGCUGGACAAGGCCUCCAAGUGCCAGAGUUCGCUGGAGCAGAUGUGCUACGUGGCCGCCUUCUCCGUGUCUUCCUACUCGACCACCGUCUACCGCACUGGCAAACCCUUCAACCCUCUGCUGGGAGAGACGUAUGAGCUGGACCGUCGGAGAGAGAGUGGCUACCGCUCCCUCUGCGAGCAGGUGAGUCACCACCCCCCUGCAGCAGCGCACCAUGUGAUUUCCAAUCGUGGCUGGACCCUGAGGCAGGAAAUCACUGUUGCCAGCAAGUUCAGAGGGAAGUACCUCUCCAUUAUGCCUUUAGGCACAAUACACGCAAUCUUUGAGAAGGGCAACAAUCAUUACACAUGGAAGAAAGUCACCACCACAGUGCACAACAUCAUCGUAGGAAAACUGUGGAUCGAUCAGUCAGGAGAGAUAGACGUGGUGAACCACACCACCGGAGACCACUGCCACUUGAAGUUUGCUCCUUACAGCUACUUCUCCAGAGAUGUUGCCAGGAAGGUGACAGGUGUGGUGAUGGACAAGGACGGCAAGGCCCACUACGUGCUGUCGGGCACGUGGGAUGAGAAGAUGGAGUUUUCCCGGGUAAUGCAGAGCAGCAGAGGAGAGAAUGGCACAGAGGGCAAACAGAAGACCGUCUAUCAAACGCUCAAAGCCAGAGAGGUUUGGAGGAGGAACCCUCUCCCUGAGGGAGCAGAGACCAUGUACUACUUCACUGACUUGGCGCUGACCCUAAACGAGCCUGAGGAGGGCAUGGCUCCCACUGACAGCCGGCGCCGGCCUGACCAGCGUCUGAUGGAGGACGGCCGCUGGGACGAGGCCAACUCGGAGAAGCAGCGACUGGAGGAGAAGCAGCGCAGUGUCCGGCGGGAGAGAGAGAGGGAAGCUGCCAGCCAACGCACCUCCAGCCAGUCAGAAGAAACUGUCGAAGAGGACUCUCUUACUGAUCUAUCCUUAAAAAGCGCGCCUCAUGACAGCUACCAGGCUCUUUGGUUCGAGCGCUGCGAGGACCAAAUCACAGGUGAGCAAAUCCACAUCUACAAGGGAGGCUAUUGGGAAGCCAAGGACUGUGGCAGCUGGGAGGGCUGUCCGGACAUAUUUUGACCUCAGCAUUGACUGCAAAGUGCCCCGAAGAGACCGAUCCCUCGAAGCCACCUGGUGGACAGCUACCACAAAGGCCGGCUUGUCCCCCCACUUGGACAGUUGACUCCCUCCAGCGGCUCUCUGUUCUAAGAGAUCUCCAGGACGAUCACUGCUGUCUGACCCAGCGGGGGAGCAGGGUUUUUCCUCUGGCCUCCCCCCUUCAUCCCAUUUUGGUUCCCCUCUCCUUGAGUCUUAGCGCCUACCCCCUUGUUGCCAUCACACAUCUGAGAGGACUGGAACAAAGACAUUUUGUGCUGCUUUGACUCGGGUCCGGCUGUAGGGGAGGAAAUGGAAUGCACAGUGCUUCCAAAUCACACAUUCAUCUUUUAGUCUCUCUGCUCAAGUGAGCAGAGAGCAGGUUUUGUGCUUAUAACAUCCUGUGAGAUGAUAUAGUUUUCCUGUUGUCAUCCACAGCAUUGUGUGCUUUGGUAAUCACAAAAAAGAAAAGAAAAAAGGGGGUAAGACCUGGUUAAUAUAUACAUUUAUGUAUAGAUACGAUUCAAAUAAUUUCAUUAAAAUGUCGACUGGUGGCCUUCAAAACGUUAGCAAGGAUUUCUUGUUUAUCUCUCUGAUUUAGUGUCUUAAUGUAAUGAAGUGACGGUUCUAGUGUGCUUGUGUGUAUGACUGCAUAUCUGCUCUUGCAUCACUUUACACCACUGCCACUGUGCAGUACACAGUGUUUAAAAAGAAAUGAUUGUCUGAAAUACAGAUUGAACCUCCAUACUCAUGUAUAGUAGGUAGAACAGAUUUUAUAUAUAUAUAUAUAUAUUUUUUUUUUUCCAUCACAAAUGGCCUGAUGAAAAUUAUGAUGGUGAAAAGUUUGAUUUGGCCACUAGGGCCCUCUCUUCGCCUUAGAAAAGAGCAACCAGCUCUUGUUUGUUUUUAAAUCACACCUCCGUGGAUAUGUUGCUGACAUUGAGAGGUUUCUUGUGCAACAAUUACAACUUUUGAAGAAGUAGGGAAAAGACUUGCAAUAUGGCAAAACGCUUGUUUUGCCAUAUUGCCAUAUGAAAUCUUCCAAUUAGUGCGGUUUCAUUUAAUAACAAUUAUUGAAAUUAACCCUUUUUAAAAUAUUGGAAUAAUGUUCUUUCCAUUUUGCAGAUUGUUUUUGUGUUUUGAGAGGAACGCAGACAAAUAAGCAAAGAAAACGAUUCAAAGUAAAUGCAGUGGUCAAAAUACACCUUUGUGUAUCUGCUGAAGAGUUCAUACAUAUGCAAGUACAUUUUGACACCAAAAACAUGGGAUAUUGUGUGUGUUUGUGUGUGAGAAUUUCAUAAUUUGUUUGUAAGUGUACUUAAAAAUUAAGAAUAAAGAAACAAGGAAUUUAACAGCAUUGCAAAUAACUAUGAUUUUAUAAAUGUAUAGAAAUUAAUUUAGUAUUAAAAACUUUAAGGUAGAUUUUUUUUCUUUCAGUUUUGGUUCCAGUCAUCUGAUUGGAAAAGGAAUGUCUUUAUUUUCAGAAAAAAAGUGAGUUUCUAUACUUUACUGAGAGGGCCGAUAUGAAUGACAUUGUUCAGUAUUUUGUAUUAACACGAAAAAAGAUAAUGUAAUAAACAAAUGCUGUGAUGUCAAACAAA